AUGACUUUGGUGUUGGAGAGAAGCUCGUGAAAGUGGCAAAGCCCUGAAGCUGUACAUACGCCGGCGAACUUGAGGGCUUGGUUGGGAAACCGUGACGGGCGCUGUCUUACCUUUUCUACGUUUCUUACGUUUAUUCUUUUCAUUGUUCUUUCUUGGCUAAGGAAAACUCACGAAUUCCAUUGAAGUUGCAGAUACUACACAGUGCCUGGCCCUGAAUUCACUGGGAGAAUCGAUCCACCCAGCAUUCAGAGGACCUAGACCCUAGGAAACCUUGCUCGGGAAUCUCUGGAUAUAGAUAAACCCAAAAGCUUGACUUUUUUGUUGUCCAUUUGGUAUCAAUUGGGUCUGUUAAUUGGGGUUUUUCAGGUUGAUAGACAAAGAAGGUUAUUUAAUCGGAUUGUUUUGAUUAUUGGGUGCAAAAUGGCUGUAGCAUCCUGGAUAACGACUACUGUCCCGUUAUUUUGUCGUCCUCAACAGUUCCCUCAAGUUGUUUCUACUCCAGUUCCACAUUUGAGCUUCCACAUCAUGGAAAAAUCCGAAGUUAUGCGCUGUUCCAGACAUAGGAAUUUAGCUAGGGUUGGCUUGGUUGAUUCAGGACAGGGUUCAUCUUCCGUAGAUUCCCAUGACGGAGUGUGGGAGGACCCUGAUGAUGGUAGUGGAAGUGAAUACAAUGAAGAGGACGAGGAAGUCGAAGGGAAUGAAUCUGAUUUUGAUGGAGAUGAUGUUGCUGCUGUUAACAAAUCUGCAGGGAGCCAGUACGAGGAGGACUUGGCUAGAGAAGUUGAACAGCUUCUGGGACCAGAGGAGAGAGCAAUUUUGCAGCAGAAUACUGCUCCUAAUCUGGCCAAAAUAUCAACUGCCAAAUGGAGACCACUUCAAACUCUCGGACUGUCAGUGCAGAUACCAUUCAUGGACAAGCUACUUGAAAAUGGGGUCGAUAUAGAUGAGGUUGACAAGGAUGGCCUCACUGCUCUUCACAAGGCAAUUAUUGGUAAGAAGGAGGCUGUAAUUAGUCAUCUGAUGAGAAAAGGUGCAAGUCCACACAUUAAAGAUCGGGAUGGUGCCACUCCACUUCAUUAUGCAGUUCAAGUUGGUGCUAUGCAGACUGUGAAAUUGUUGAUCAAGCACAAUGUUGAUGUCAAUGUUGCUGAUAUAGAUGGAUGGACCCCAUUGCACAUUGCUGUCCAGAGUAGAAAUAGAAAUAUAGUAAAAGUUUUGUUGAUACAUGGUGCAGACAAGACCAUAAGAAACAAGGAUGGAAAAACAGCCCUGGAUCUAAGCUUAUGUUAUGGGAGGGACUUCAAGUCUUACGACCUCGCAAAGUUACUGAAGAUUAUACCUGCUGAUAGAGAUCCAUGAUCAGUGGUAGUGACGUAGUGUCCAAAUUCAUCAGGAAUGUGGAUUGAGUGCAUUUCGUUGCAGGCGGAUUUAUGCAACGCGAUUUUUGUGGAUACUUGAAAUUUUGCUCAUGCUUGCUGGACUGCUAGUGUUGCUCUCGUUGAGAAUAUGGUCAUUGGACAAUCAAUACUCUGUUUCUCGGAGGAAGUUGCAUCCAGUUAGGUGUAGUAAAUUUGUAAAAGAUACUUUUUCCUUGGUUACAUUUUCCUUCAUUUCCCAUGUUCUUUCUGUUGUACAAAAUGCAAAUUGCGUAUGAUGUAAUUGGUGUGUUCAACCAAAAGGAAGGAGAAAAUUUGAUCUUUAUUUUAACUUC